AUGCGACGAGUGAAGAAAUCCCGAAAUGGCUGUGCUAGAUGCAAGAGUAAACGCGUCAAAUGCGGCGAAGAGAAACCUCAUUGCAAUCGUUGCACUAGACUGGGUGUCAGAUGUCCCGGAUAUGUUCAGUCGCUGCGCUGGGUGACCAACCACGGUGGCAUUCAGUUUGAGAAUGCUACAAUGACAAGGACGGUUGAUAAUGCUGCUACCCCCGGAGCAGCUCAGUCCCCUGUUACUCGAGCACCAGAUGGAUUCAUCGAGCCAGUACCUAUGUCUCCGACGGCGUUGGAGGAGGGCGACGUGAACAAUCCCGCCACGAUCGAUACCACUACCGCUACCCAGGAUCUACCAGACCCGUCCAGCCUGGAUGUAGACGAAACGAACGUUCUAUGCGAAAACCUAUGGGGUCUCAACGGAGGCUCCCUACCAGAGCUAGACGACUUAUCCUCUCCCAUCUCAGUCGCAGCAUCGACAUCCGAGGAAUCAAUCCAACAAACAGACUCACCGUUCGCUACAAAUCUCGCAACAACAGACUUGUCGAACCUAUUUUCACUAGCAGCACCAGCGUUCCAAGACAGCAGUCGAAAGUAUGAGCACUUCUCCCCAACGGCCAUCGUGCGCAGCUAUCCUCCUCCGUCCUUGAGGCCGCAGCGCAUCCCCCGGCCCUUGAACGGGAACUCAUCUUGGACCUUAAUCGAGUACUACUUCAAAGAAGUAGCAGCGCUGUUCUCGAGCUAUGAUAGCCAGAUGAAUCCCUUUCGCACAACGGUAUCUCGUCUCUGGGGAUCAUCACUGGCCAUGUGUCGAACAAUGCAAAGCAUGGCCGCAGCGACACUAGUGCACGACUUUCCUCAAUUCGGGCCGAUGGGAUUGAAGAUGCGGAACGAAGCGGUUGACAUUCUUACCAAAGAGACUGCAAUGGACGAUAAGUCUCUCCUGGCAUUGCUCAUGCUGGGGCAGACGGCUAGUUGGCACGAUCCUAAAGAUCUGGGGAUUUCAUUCUUCAAUUUACUUCGGAAGCACCUCAAUGGCAAGUCGUCUGGUGCGGACUCAUUUUUGUCCAGACACAGCAAGAAUUACCAGUUCUUCGAGGAAGCUUUGGUCUAUUGGGAGAUGCUGCUCUCCUUCGUCGCGGAUAAUGACUCGCUCUCUCUGUCUGAUACUACCUCUGGAAUGGAAGAUUCACUUGUUCUCCAACGCAUGCCUCACCCCUGGACCGGCAUCGCCCGCGACACUCAAUCCGCAGUCCAAGAAGUAGGCAGACUCGUCCGUCGAGAACGAAAACGCAUCCGCGCCCAGCGCUUCACCUCCCAAGAAGACAUCACCCAAGCUCAAAAAGCCAUCGACCAAGCACAGCAACUCGAAGAAAGACUCCUUAGACUAGCGCACCCCGCAGAAGCUGAAAUCAUCAGCCCCGGCGACGACGACACACCCGUCUGGCAUCUCCUGACUAUGGCAGAGGCCUACCGAUGCACGGGACUAAUACAGCUAUACCGCGUCUUCCCGGACCUUCUUCGUUGUCGACUACCAUCACCAAACACUAGCACGACCGAUCAAGACCCCUUCCUCUCAGAUCCAAUUUUAGGCAAUGACUGUAACCUAGACGGCUUCGAAUUCCCCUGGCUCGACAUCAACAGCCCAAAGAAAACACCAUCAGAAACAACAACAACAACAACAACAACCAAAACCAAAGCAACAGACUCCUACUACAACACCUGGCUCACCGAAUUCACCCUAACAACCCUCUCGCGCCUAAAAGCCAUCCCCAUGGAAUCCCGCACCCGCUGCGUGCAGCCCUUCCUCUUCGUUGCAUCGAGUAGCGAGCUACGACUCCCUACUGUUCCAAUGGACGAGUCUAACACCAACACCAACACCAAUAAUCAAGAUAAUAGCAAUGAGGAGAAUGUAUCACACGCCGUCGAAGUCCUGCGAACACGCAAAUUCGUCCUCGGCCGUCUAACUUCGUAUCUACAUGUGUUGCCACCGAAACCAAUACAUGUGUGCUUGCAGUUGGUGAAGGAGGUUUGGAGGAGGACGGAUGCUGGUGAGAGGGAUGUUUAUUGGAUGGAUGUUAUGAUGGAGAGGGGGUGGGAGACUACUAUGGGGUAG